UAGUGGAAAUGGAGGGCAGGGCAGGCCGGUUGUGGUUUCUGAAAUCUAGCAGCCUCCUGUCUCCAUGCCAUUCUCUCCCCGGCCAGCGCCACCCUAACCUGAUAUCUGUUUACUUUAGAGGAGGCAGUUUUGAGAAAGGAUCAUAAAUAUCUUGGCCCGGUGCCCCAGGACGCCAUGACAAGCGAAAGAACACGCCCGCCUAGAGAUAGCCGUUGUGAUAUUUAAAUGCGUGGGUUAAUUUUUUAUCCACUUUAAUAACUGGAUUUUUUGCCUCUCUGCUUCUUUGCUUUCUAUUUCUGCUCUGAAGCCUUGGGCACAGAAAUCUCUGUGGGAAAAUUACUCCAGAGCAUACUGCAGGACGGUCGUAUAAGGAACAGUUAAAUUCACAGCAUCUGGAUCCUGAUCAUUUUCCAACAUGGCAGGUGUGAGUGGCUGUAUAAAAUACUCUAUGUUUAUCUUCAACUUCUUGUUCUGGCUAUGUGGUAUCCUGAUCCUGGCAGUAGCAAUCUGGAUACGAGUAAGCAAAGAUGGUCAAGAGAUCCUCAGCUCUGGGGACUCGGCCACUAACCCCUAUGUCGCUGUGAACAUCUUGAUUGCAGUGGGCGCCAUCAUCAUGAUUCUGGGGUUCCUGGGGUGCUGCGGUGCCAUGAAGGAAAGCCGCUGCAUGCUUCUCCUGUUCUUCAUAGGCUUGCUUCUGAUCCUGCUCCUGCAGGUGGCCGCGGGGAUCCUAGGGGCUGCUUUCAAAUCUCAGACUGAGCGCGUUCUGAAUGAGACUCUCUAUGAAAAUGUAAAGCUUCUGAGCACAGCAGGUGAAAAUGGAAAGGCAUUCCAGACAGCCCUGUCUGAAUUUCAAGAAGAGUUUAAAUGCUGUGGUUUGGUCAAUGGAGCUGCUGAUUGGGGAAAUAAUUUUCAACAAUAUUACAAGUCAUGUGAAUGUCCAGAGAAGUCAGAUUCGCCCUGUGUAACUUAUGAUAAUAAAUCCAUUUACAAACAGCCAUGCAUUUCCUUGAUAAAAGACUUAGUUGCAAAACAUAUUCUCGUGGUUAUUGGAAUCGCGUUUGGACUGGCAGUUAUUGAGAUACUUGGUCUGGUAUUUUCCAUGGUCUUGUACUGCCAGAUCGGGAACAAAUGAACCCAUAGAUGUGCCGAGCUACCAUCAGUCAAACUCCUUUAAAGUCUUGCUUUGGCUUUGUGACUUCAAAUAUUUGAGUGCUGUGUGUUACGAGCAGCUGUCCUACUAAAAUGUCUCAUUUAGCUGGACCACAGAUAUCUUCCAGACAUAUUGAACAUAUUUAAGAUUUGAGUGACACAAGGAAAAUGAUAUGAAUGUGCAUUUUCACUGAAAAUAAAACUAACGUUGUUUACA